AUGAUGCCUGAGAGGAGAACGUCCGGCAACGAGUCGGCCACCUCGCAAACGACGAACACUGAACAAGCCUCGUGGACGAAACGCUUGGGCAGAUCGAUUGUCCGUCGCUCGGCCUCGCUUCUCUCCGCUCGUUCCAUUCUCAGCUCGUUAGUGCUUCCGUUUCGAAAGACUUCCACACAAGACGGAAAUCAGCCAAAGCCUCAGCGUCGCGCUUCAUCGGUCGGGUUAAACGCGUUGCAGCGACAGGCGCAACGCCGACACAAACGCCACAACUCCGAGUCGACCCCGCCAGCACAGAGCGAACGGGAAAACGACGAAAAUUCUCAUCAACAACAAAAAGAGCAGCAACAACAGCACGCGUUACGUCAGAGGAAACGAUCCGCUGAUCGAGUGUACGCGUUGAAAUCGCUUGAAGGGGAGUAUGAUAAAGAGCCCUUGACAACAAAGAAAGAGCAACAACUGAAGACAAAAGCUCGCUCUACAUCGACUUCUUCAAAGAUUUCUAGUCGCAAUACGGGUUCAUCGAAACGGAUUCCACAACAGCAAGAGCCAACCGAAAUGCACUCGAACGGACAGCCGGCCGCCGCCGUCUCCGCCAUUCCACAGCCAACGGGUUCAUCCGGACAUCAUUCUUCCCAUCACAGCCAUCAUCCGUCAUCUGGACGCUCACAUCCAACUAGCUCCUCAAGUGGUCACACGACUCGGCCAUCGGGAGCCACCCAAUCGAGCAACCAUUCUUCGAGCGGGAUGAGCGGAAGCACGAGAACGACCACACGGCAACGGGCCGAGGAUCCACAUGUUGGCAAGUACAAAUUGCUCAAGACGAUCGGAAAGGGAAACUUCGCCAAGGUGAAACUGGCCAAACAUGUGCCCACGGGUCUUGAGGUGGCCAUCAAGAUCAUCGACAAGACGGCCCUCAAUCCCAGCAGUUUGCAAAAGCUCUUCCGAGAAGUGAAGAUCAUGAAGCAACUCGAUCAUCCAAAUAUCGUUAAACUUUUCCAAGUGAUCGAGACGGAGACCACGUUGUAUUUGGUGAUGGAGUACGCGAGCGGAGGAGAGGUUUUUGACUAUCUGGUGGCUCAUGGUCGGAUGAAGGAGAAAGAGGCGAGAGCAAAGUUUCGACAAAUCGUUUCCGCUGUGCAAUAUCUUCAUUCGAAAAACAUCAUUCAUCGAGAUCUGAAAGCCGAGAAUCUACUAUUGGAUGCUGAUAUGAACAUCAAAAUUGCCGACUUUGGCUUCUCCAAUCAAUUCUCUGUUGGCAACAAGUUGGACACGUUUUGUGGGUCGCCACCCUAUGCUGCACCCGAGCUUUUCCAGGGUAAAAAGUACGAUGGCCCUGAGGUUGAUGUGUGGAGUUUGGGCGUCAUUCUCUACACUCUCGUCUCUGGCUCUCUUCCGUUUGAUGGCAACAAUUUAAAGGAAUUGCGAGAACGAGUGCUCCGCGGAAAGUACCGAAUCCCAUUCUACAUGUCAACGGAUUGCGAGAAUUUGUUGAAGAAAUUCUUGGUCUUAAACCCGCAACGACGUGGCACCCUCGAUGCAAUCAUGAAAGACAGAUGGAUGAACAUUGGUUACGAGGAUGACGAGCUCAAGCCUUACAUUGAGCCACAAAAGGAUCAACGAGACGAGGCACGAGUCGGGAGAUUGAUUGCGAUGGGCUACCGAAAAGAGAGCAUCAUUGAAAGCCUCGAUAGGGAACGAUUUGACGAGAUUCACGCUUCAUACCUACUAUUGGGCGAAAAGAGAGCUGAUAUUGACGACCUUUCGACACCGCCGGCGCAGAAUGUGACCGCAUCCACGCACAACGUGGCAUCGGGCGGUGGUGGCGUGGGUGGUCAGGGAUCGGGCACACAUUCGGGCCAUGUCCAAUCGCCAUCCAAGUACUCACAAUCUCAAUCAUCUUCUGCCCGAGCUUCGAGCACCCAAGCGAAUGCCGCCUCGCAAAUUCCCGGACUCACAUCUACCACGGCAAGCAAGGCAACGGGAGCCGGAGUGCAAAUGCGAACACAACCGUCAUCUCGACCGCCAGUACUCUCCAUGCAGCCACCACCACAGAUCAGCGGAACAAAGAGAAACACCCAACUCGAGUUCACGCCGAACAGCAGUGCAGCGCCGGCAAGUGGAGCAGCUGCGACAUUUGCGCGAGGACAACCACAAACCACCGUCGGUGGUGUAUCGUCUGGAAAUCGGAAGCAAUCAGCCCCGACUGGACGAGUGCCAAUCAUCAAUCUCGGUGGAAGACCUGUACAAGGAGUUCAUCACAGAGAUCCAUUAUCAAACGGAUCAUCGUCGGCCCGUGCCUCAUACGGCGUUCCGGCUUCUCCUGGGUUGUUGUCGAAAUUUGUACCUGCAACGAAUGGCUCAUCAAAUACUCCAUCGUCGGUGCCUCAAGCAGCCCAAUUGGCCCAAAAAGUUGUGCCACCGCCUGGUUCUGGAUUACAGAAGAGCGGCUCCAUUUCACACACACCAGCUGAGCCGGCAAUUCGAGAAGAUGCAGAAGAGGAGACGACCGGUGGAAUUGCUGAGACGGCUUCGAGAGAAUCAACACCAUUGCGAGGGGAUACGCCGACCGAACUCGCCAAUCAACCACUCAAAGACGCGUCAGCUCCAUUGCCCCAAACGAUGACCGAUUCGGAUCAUCCAAAGCCGUUGACACUUCACCCGAGUCCGUCAAUGCCUCCUCAGAUGAUCAAGGAGAUGGACGCACUCUCGUUGGAUCAACCGAGCAAGAUGAUAAAGAGUGCAACGGGUACAACCCUGCCAACCACGGGCUCCAAUCCUCCCCUUCCAUCAACACCCACCUCGACCACAUCAGCAACGACGGCACCUCGUCACACUCCACCGCCACAUUCACCCUCUAAUCAGCCGGUCGCCACCUCGGCCGCUCCACAAGCUCAGCCGGUGUCAACAACAACGGGCACAUCGGCUUUUCCACGUAACACGCGUAAUCGACAAACAUUCCAUGGGAAAACGGAGCACAACAAGGGCAACAAUGAGGAAGAGGAGUCCGAGGGCGAGACGGCGGUGAAUGUGACCGCGAACAACAACGGCCAACCGAGAGGCGGUUUCUUCCUGUCGAAGUUGACCAAGUUGGCGAGACGCCCAUCAGCGGUGACGGCCGGCGGUACGGGAGCGGCGGGAGGAGCUGGUGGAAGUGGGGGAGGAGGACUCCCACCACCAUACGUUUCACAACUACGAUCCACCCAGAGGGGAGGCGGUGAUGGCUUUGCGGGCGGACCGGCACCACACUCGGGACGCGCUGGAACAAUUGGACCAAUUGCUGGACAGGCAGCCGCUGCUCAAUUGAGGGAACUGCGAGAAAACGCUGGGCUGAUACCACCUGCAUCGGCUCCGGAAGCUUCGUCAGGAUCAUCGGAUAUAAAGCCUCGAUCACUUCGUUUCACGUGGAGCAUGAAGACGACAAGCAGUUUGGCACCCGAGGAAAUGAUGAGGGAAAUCCGCAAAGUGCUCGACGCCAACAACUGUGACUACGAGCAAAGAGAACGGUACUUGUUGCUGUGUGUUCACGGUGAUCCCAACUCCGACAGUCUCGUGCAAUGGGAAAUGGAGGUGUGCAAGCUGCCCCGUCUUAGCCUGAACGGUGUCCGCUUUAAACGAAUCUCUGGCACGUCUAUCGGCUUCAAGAAUAUCGCCUCGCGAAUCGCUCAGGAGUUGAAUCUC